AUGUCUGACCAUUAUCAGGACUCCUCUUUACCUGAAGACUCCCUCAUCGACUUCGAUGCUUUUCAGGAACUUUCGGCUUUUAUAGCAAGCAACAAUGACACCGCGAAUGUGACUGCGGCUCCCGAAGCAGCACCGCAGUCAUACUACAAUGAGACCGACGAUCUGUACGGAGUUGAUGACGGUGGUGAUCAGUGGGCGGCUGAUCUAGCACCGCCACACGACAACUUCAACGAGCUCCCUGGCAUUACUGAUGCCACUGACGACUUGCCUGAUUUAGCUGGACAGUCAGUUCUACAGGCAGACGACGAUGUCAAUGGCAGUGUCCCUCUGGCAGAUGCAGCAGGGGCACCACUCCCCCGUAAUGACUUCGACGAACAAUUUGAUAUGCUCGAAGCGGCUGUCAUGAUGCCUGAUGCAGACGACCAGUCACAUAUACAGUCAGACAUCAAUGUUAGUGGCAGUGUUCUCACCGCGGAAGCAGCAGCAGCUCUUCCAUCACUCCCUUCAAAUGACAUCGACCAGUGGACCAACAUGAUGGAUGCCACUGGAAAUAUGCCUGAUCCAUUCGGGCUGGAAGAUCCCUUCCUCGACUAUACACAGGAGGAGGACCUUUCACAAUUUUUACAGGUUGAUAGUGCUGUGAACUUGGCCGAACAAGCCCAAGCGGUGCCUACUUUCACCAAUGUUUUGACAGAUACACAACCUGGUGCUACUAUCCCAGCGUCCACCGAGAUUGCAAGCACACAAAUUCAAUCGAAUUACCCACCGCGAACUUACGGUGGAAAUACUCAACCUCCUCCUGUCACUCCGCCGCGAUUUCAGCCUGCAAAUGCGCAAGCUCGCCCCGUCGCCCCGUCGGCUUACUAUGUUCCUCCAAGCCAGAAUACACGUGUGCAAGAUACCGACAGCCAGACCGUGCGAGCCGCGCCAGGCCAACGUCAGCCUAGGGAGCAUAACCUCUUCCAGACCCAGCCGGCUCCUGGACAUCAGCAGGCUCGCGUCGCAAAGACUGCCCAAUCACCCACGGCACAUGGGAUUACUCGUGUCGAUAAUGUUCAUGUGCCAGUCACGAAAAUUGGAAUGCUUGAUUGGCGUCCUCAGUCUCAGCCUCAGUCGUCACCCGUGAGACCCCAGCGUGAGAAUCGCCCUCCUACUAAUCCUGCGAUUGCCCGAGUGCAAUUUCUCGACAGACGAGCCUCGCGACCACCAGUGAAGACCGCUCCCGCCGCUCCUCUCAAUCUUAAGGAGACUUUGAAGAAUUUCAGCUGGUACAAUCCCGCCUUCUUCGCCUGGGCAAAGGCAACUUGGUACAUGCUGCCUAUCAACGUGGAGUGGCAAAUUGAUCUGGAGACUGGGCAGGAGAAAAAGGAGAUGCGCUUGAUUGACAGUGAACUGCCAUACAAUUACUUCUUCUAUUUUGGGCCCGACGAGAAGAUGCUGACGAAGCUCCUCCGCCACCACAAGCCGGAGGACCAGCAUCGAUAUAGGGUGUCCGUCCCUGUCAAUGGCGUGCUUGCUGAUCGAGAUCGGGUUGCUCUCGCGUAUAUCAACCAUGUGCAUCUUGCUGCUCAAGCUCGGCGGCAAGCCGCUUCCAACACUACCACUUUGGGGCGUGCGAAGGCCACUGCGGCUAACACUCGGGGUAAAGGUACGGCUAGUCGUCAAUCCUCUGCCACUGUGAGACAGAACCCUGUUGCACGUGACAAUACCACUGUGAGCAACGACCAGCUGACACAAGUGAGCUUUGCUGGACGUGAGGCGCUUCCUCAAGUGCCAAGCUCUUCAGAGGCACGCCAGCGUCAGCUCAAGCGUAUGCGGGACGAGCUGGAGGAUCCAUCUGAGAGCACUGCACGCCGCUGGCAAAAGCGGUAG